GAACCUUCCUUUGUGCCACGUGGAAAUCAAAGACUGAUACAAAUACUGACGUCAUCACUUAUACACAUCUCUCUUCUUCUGUGAAUCUUCAAAAACUCCCUUUUACGCUAUAAUUAAAACUCACUUUCUUCUUCUCCAAGAGCCAACAAAAAAAAACACACAAACGGCAAAAAAAAAAAAAACAUGAGAAGCUCUGAUCACAAGAGUCCACAUAUGGGGUUUUCCGGCGUUUUGCCGAUUGUUCUCUUGCUUUUAUUAUCAUCGGCGGAUCUAGCGGCGAGUCAGGCACAGCCCGGUCCAACAAACCAACCUUACAACUACGGCAAGCUAAGUCCAGCCAUGGCUGUGAUCGUCGUGAUCCUUAUCGCCGCUCUCUUCUUCAUGGGGUUCUUCUCCAUCUACUUCCGCCACUGCUCCGGCGUACCAGACGCCGGCGUUUCUCCAGCUGGCGGAGUUCGAUCCAGAGGAACCGUCAACGCGGCAGCGCGUGGUCUUGACGCUUCGGUCGUCGAGACCUUUCCCACGUUCUUGUACUCGGACGUGAAGACGCAGAAGCUUGGUAAAGGUGAGUUGGAGUGCGCGAUUUGUCUGAACGAGUUCGAAGACGACGAAACGCUGCGUUUGCUUCCCAAGUGUGAUCACGUGUUUCACCCUCACUGCAUCGACGCUUGGCUCGAGGCUCAUGUGACUUGUCCUGUUUGUAGAGCGAAUCUUGCUGAACAGGUUGCUGAUGAAGGUGAAUCGGUUGAACCGGGAGGAACUGAACCGGAUCUUGAGUUGCAGCAAGUGGCCGCGAAUCCUGAACCGGUGGUUACUACUGCUCCGGUACCGGAACAAUUAGUGACGAGUGAAAUCGAUACGAGGAGAUUACCUGGCGUACCGGUGGAUCUCAAACGAGUUAAAUUCUCGAGAUCGCAUACAACGGGACAUUCGGUGGUUCCGCCGGGAGAAUGUACCGAGCGGUUUACUCUCCGGUUACCGGAAGAUGUUAGGAAGAGGAUAAUGAAUGAUUGGGAAUUAAACCGGUCGAAUAGUCUUGUGAAUCUUCCAAGGGGAGGGAGUUCGAGGAGAGGUAAAACGAUUGAUCGGACAAGGGCUCGGUCUGACAGGUGGCUGUUCCGUAAAACGCCGUCGUUUCUAUGGAGGAAUCGUGAUGAUGGUUCUAUUAGGCUAGGUAGUACCGGAAGCGUUCGAGCCAAUGCUGUACCGAACUCAACCGGUGGUGAUUCGGUACGUGGAGGAGACCGGUGGGCUUUUCUAAGAAAUCCGUCGUUUCUGUGGAGGAACUCUUCGGUACAUGUGCAAAGAGGAGGAGUCAAUAAAGACGGCGAAGGAACUUCGGUUAAAUCGGCCGGUCCAAGUGGCUCAGCUAGCGUUUCGGUGAGAUUACCGGUUUAGUUGACUUUGCUUUUUAGCCCUUGUAACUACUUUUUUUUUUUUCUUCCAUUUUUUUUUGUUCAUGUUUGGGAUUGUUGAAUGUUGAUAAACACGAAAUACAUUUUCCUUAAUUCUUUAAAAUUAUUGAA